UGCUGAAAAUUAUUGAAGAGUAUGGGAAAUGUUCUGGAAUUCUAUUGAAUAUUAAAAAAUCUUCUUACGUACGGAUUAACAACUGUAAAUUAGGACCACAGAUUCUUAGAGAGGAAACACAAAUAAAGUCGACUUCAACGAAGAAUACUCCGGAUUGUACGGUGGAAUACUGAAUAAUCAAGUUGAAUAUGUUACGAUCUGUGUGAGACGCAUUCUAAAACUUUACGAAAGGCGUGUUACAGUACCUGUUUCGAUAGUGUUGAUUGGACAUUCCUUGACUCAUAAUAUUCCCAAUGUAUGGCAAUCGGCGGACCAUCUUUGCGUGGUAUGGUGUUUACAGUUCGUUCUGGUUGUCAAUCGUUUUCUGCACAGCAUUAUUGAUUUGGACAAAAAAUCAAACAGUAAAUUCAUAGCCAACAAAGAAAUCAGAUUGACGAAAGCAUACCAGUUCUUUAUGGGCGGUCCUUCUUCCGGUGCCGAACAGUUAUCAACUCUAACUAACAAUAUGAUAGAUGAAGAAGAUUGGAUUGAAGACAUUCGUAGAAAUUUUCAGCAUAAAUUCGAUACAGGGCUUCCGAAAACACGUGUUCAAAUGAUACGCUUAGAUCCAAACCCUUUGUAUAAGUUCCUUAACGUUGAUGUUUUCAAUCUUGACACCAAAGAAUGGAUUUUCGGCUGUGAGGCAAAUGAAAUGCUUUCAAAUAUGCGCUACUGUUCAAUUGCGGUUUCGUUAUCAAACUUCAGUCAGUAUCUUCCUGACAAUGGCUUUAGUCGUCAAAACGCUCAAAUUAAUCUCCAUCUCUUAAAAGUUGAAAACCCAAGAUGGACUCAUGUUAUAUUGAAGUUUCCCAAAACAACCCAGCCUUUUCAAUUUAAUAUCGACAUUAACAAUAUGGAUGACCGAGCAGUUCAAAUUCAUAUGCCAAAAUGGUACAACUUUGGGCAAAACGAGCUUGCGGAAACCCAACUUGACAGCACCUUUUACAAUUUAAAUAUUCAUGGUCUCAGCUAUAAAUACCAAGCCGUUGCAAUUUACGUGCACGUUAAGUCAUGCCGCGGAGAGAGCUCUUCUGUAGUGACCAAAACUAGCAAUUCUUGGUCGAAGGGGUUUGAAAAGUUCUCUUCAUUCUACAACAAAAAUCAUACUGUUACGUUUGUUUAUACUCCGAACGACAAACCAGUCGAAAAGAACGCUUCUGUUCGUGUUUCCUUACAUCUUAAUCCAAGCUGUCGUUAUUCGAUCAGUUAUUCCCAGUCGCUAAGCCUGAUGAUGUCUAGGAUUGUACAACAAUUCGCACCAUGGCUGCCGGCACACUGUACUGCCAUACUGUUUUUGUCUCUCAAACAUCAAAUAACUGUCACGACUAAAGAGGACCAUUUCAAAUUUGGAAUGUUCCACUUGGCAUUAAGCAAAAGUACGCCGUUUUUCUUGAUCACAGCAUCAAGAUUGUUUACCAAGAUUACAUUGAUGUUUAAGAUUAUACCACAACCAGACUUGUACAAUUACUCCAUGAUGGUAUCAUUUUUGAUACACGGCGUUGCCCUGGCAGUCCUUAUUCUUAUGAACACCAUUAUCUGGAUAGCUAUUGCCUUUUGUGGCAAUUUCGGACAUAAAGUAUUGCUAAGGUUUAUAUCCUUACCUAUACCACCACUUUCGUCUGCUUUAGUCACUUGUAUACGAAAAUUUCCUACAGCAAUUGGUAUUUUACUAAUUGGAGUGGCUCUAGCAACCUGCGGGGGUACGGCAUUGCUCUGCGCAAAUUUAAUCUAUUUUAUUUUGCUAUCCAAAAUGUACGAGGAAUAUCUGGAGCAAUUUGUGUUUAAAACCGCGAAAAAAAUAUCUCAAAGGUUAUUUGGAAAGCUGAAAUCAGCAGAUAAACCAACAUCAGGUAUUAUAUUUAGCCAAACAAAAUACUCUGAGAUCCAUUAAAAGGUUAUUUUUUCAGAUGAUACUGCAGCGAGUACAUCUCUAAGAAAUGAUUCACAUGUUAAGAAAGGCCAUGAGAUGAACAAUAUACAGUUCCAUUUGCCCCUAUUUUUGUUGCUGAUAUUAAUUUCCAUCAUCAAUUUUCCAUGUUUUAUUUUGUGGGCCAAAGCAUACAGAUUAACGCCGUCGCUUAAGCCAGAUGCUUCAUUGGUCCCGGCACUUGUCGUGCUAUCAAAUCUAUCUAUUUUAUGGCAGAUAAAAUCACCAAAGAAUAUACAAGGAUACAAAUUUCUAUCGGCAGUAUUGUACGUUGCAGCUGUUAUAUGCGUUUUAUACUGCCAGGGUGAAAUAUAUCGACUGAACUUUGUGAUAACUGGUGUUUUCAUUUUGGUAACACUACACCAGCUUCUGGGAAGGAACGUCAACUAGUCAUUGCACAAAGUUCUGAGUCAUAAUUAAAAGACAUGAUAUAAACAACAAAACUCACGUUA